ACAACAAGCGCGGCACAAAAGCGAUAAGGACUCAGGAGUAAAACUGACUGGCUGCUUGCUGCCCGCUCUCGCCGGAGAACCAUGGCCACGGCGGCGGCGGCGUGCGUGAGGGUGGCUUCUCCGUUCACGGGCGCACCUAUCCGACCUCCUUGCCACGUCAUUGCUGCGAGGCGGGGGCCCAGGAGGGCUGGGCUGGCCGUCUCGGCGGCGGCUGCGGCUGCGGCCGGCGGCGGGUUGCCGCCCACCGUGCUCGUCACCGGCGCCGGCGGCCGAACAGGCCAAAUUGUGUACAAGAAGUUGAAGGAGAGGGCGGGCCAGUUUGUGGGACGAGGGCUGGUCAGGACCGAAGAGAGCAAAGGCAAAAUCGGAGGCGCUGACGACGUGUUCAUCGGCGAUAUAAGAGAUCCUGAGAGCAUUGCUUCUGCGAUUGAGGGCAUCGACGCGCUCAUCAUCCUCACCAGCGCGGUGCCGAAGAUGAAGCCGGGGUUUGAUCCUAGCAAGGGAGGGCGCCCAGAGUUUUACUUUGAAGAAGGGAGUUAUCCUGAGCAGGUGGAUUGGAUUGGCCAAAAGAAUCAAAUAGAUGCUGCCAAGAGCAUUGGUGUUAAGCACAUAGUUUUGGUGGGAUCCAUGGGUGGAACAGACAUCAAUCACCCAUUAAACAAAUUAGGAAAUGGGAAUAUACUGGUAUGGAAGCGUAAGGCGGAACAGUACCUAGCGGACUCUGGUCUGCCUUAUACAAUCAUAAGGGCUGGAGGUUUACAAGAUAAAGAUGGUGGCUUGAGAGAGUUGAUUGUUGGGAAGGAUGACGAGAUCUUGAAAACAGAAACUAAAACUAUUGCCAGGGAAGAUGUUGCAGAAGUUUGCAUACAGGCCUUGCUAUUUGAUGAGGCAAAGUUUAAGGCAUUUGAUCUGGCAUCAAAACCUGAAGGUGAAGGAACACCGACUACAGAUUUCAGGGCACUUUUUGCACAAGUUAAUAGUCGCUUCUAAGAAGAUAAGAUUGUUCUGGCCAAGAACAUCACCCCCCCCCCCCCCCAACCCCCCGGUAGCCAUUCUUGGCUUCAUUUCCUGUCAUAGACAGUGGAUCCUGCACAUAGUGCUGAAGAGCUUUCUGUUACCUAGUUGAUUGAGGGUUAUACGAAUGUAUGGCAUUAUCAUUUAGGGCUUUUGUGCUCUAGAGGACAAAUUGCGAUGAAGUUCUUAAGUUACUUGGCCUAGUUUUGAGUUAAUCCAUAUGCCAAUUUAUAAAAUUUAUAGGCCAA